AUGCGCGUUGGGGAUCCGAGUCACUUCCAGAUGUAUCAAGAGGAGCCCCUGCAGCUGAACAGCGCGAUAGUUUCAGCAAGUAUAUGCAUUUACACUCUAGCUGAUUCUUCGUAUCAUUUACGCAUUUCCCCCAAACUACUUCUAGACUAUGGCGCCUCAGACGUUACAAACUACUUUACCUCAACAAACCCUGGUGCGAAAGAGGACAAGUGCGUUGCUAUACUGACCCACAGGAGAAAGAGGACCAAUUUCACCCAGCAGCAAAUAGAAAUUCUGGAGAAAGUUUACUCUGACACCAAAUACCCAGACAUCUACUUGCGAGAGAGACUGGAGGCUCUGACUGGGCUGCCAGAGUCCAGGAUUCAGGUAAUGUGCUUUAGGUUGAUGGAUUCAACUCAAGAGAAUCCAUUUUUAUUGAUUACUUGUGACAAAUCAGUAGAAAGCCCCUCCCCCCCAUUGGAUCAGGGAUCUUUUCUUACUUGGCUUCUUUCUUUUCCAGUCUACGAUAGCCAUGGUACUGAGGUACACAGGUCAGGAGGUCUAGAGGAUGGUUGGACCGGCGUUCAGCUCAAAUCCAGCAGCUACGACCGCGAGCUACCUUCCUGCAUCUACGACAAGGGAACCAGAGUCUCAGCAGAGCAGAUACAGAUUAAGCCUGCCGGGGCCGUCCCAAGCUGCUGCAUCCCUCUUUAUCCCAAUGAGUUGGAGCACCAUCCAAGAACCAAAAUCAGCUUGUCUGGCAACCAGGGCCCACAAAUUCUGGUGGAGUAUGACAAUUUCCCACCAAAUAAAACGAUUGGACCAGAGAUGAAAGUUGUGAUUCCUCCCAUACCGACCCAAGAAAGCUUCAGCAGGUCAUCCCCGCAGGAUAAGGAAGGUCAAAUGCAGUAUCCACAACCAAAGUCCACAAAAAGGUUCAACCAGUUUUCUCCAGUCUUUAGUGUAGAGGCACAGGACAUCAGUGACUCUGAUUCUGACUGGGAAAGUGAUGCCAUGACUGGCUUUCAUGGCUUUAUGUGAUGUGUACAAAGAGUCAAUGUUAAUGAUAAUAAUAUUUUUAUUUAUUAUAAAGCUGUAAUAAGACUGAGUGUUAAAAAACAAACAAACUAAGAAAUCUCUUUAUAUGUAUUAACUUGAAUCUAUUUUUGAAUAAAUUCAACAACAUUAAGCAGUUGAAAUCGCAUGUUUAAUACAAAAAGAGGAAAACAUUUAUAUACAAUUGCCCUGAGGCGCUCUCAUAUACAUCUGUACAAAACAAACAGGAAGGAAGUGUUGACUUGAGAUCUUAAGGGUUAAGUCAAUAAUGCAGGCUUCAUUUGUGGGGGGAAAAGGGAGUUGCAGCAGCAGCCAUGCCUGAGGUGGAAAUGCUAAGAUCUUAGAGUAAAAGGCAUCGAAACCCAACAUUUCUCUUUUAUAAAAAUACCAAAAUCUCUUUUCAGUGCACACAAAAAUUACAAAAGCCAUUUCUGAACAUACAGCAGAAAUGUCAACAAUAGUCCUAAUAAUCAUAUAAUGUACAAUUAUCUACAAUCAGUUUUAUAAAACAUUCUUCAGCUUCCCCUGUGCUUGCCAGCGGCGGAGCAACAGAACAAAACACUUACAGGGGGAAACAUUAGGGACAGGAAAUAUUUCUUCACAACCAUACACAUCUAUGC